AUUUAACUAUCUUCAGCCAUCAGGUUCACAGACCAUGAAAUCUCUGAAAUUUUUUCUCACUUCUAUACAAAUUGUCAACUUUUUAAAAAAGUUCUGUGCCAACGCCCACCCGUUGCUCUGGAAUUUUCUCUAUCAGCAAUUUAUAAUUUGUCGAUUAUUUUAGUUGGAGAUUUCUAAGGUACAUGAACAUGGACUAUGGAGUCAGACAUCUCAGAGUCGGGAUCCUGGUCCCGCGCAUACUCGCUGGGGUUGGGACAAGCUUCACCUGUCGCGGUCUUUCUUCUCUGUAAAUGGGAGAGGAUCACAUGCCCCCGAUGCGGUUGUGAAGCUCCAGUUAGAUGCGUUCAUAGCUGUGGAGCCGCUGGCUCUGUGCUUCAGACGCAGCCCACAUUUGAUGACUGUUCGCCGCUUCUUCCUGUCCUCCUCGUCUAACUUGGCAUAGAGUUUAACAACUCGGUUUCACUGCCUGCCGGUUUGUGCCUCAUACACGAUCCUGACAGCGAGGCGAACAUGUGAAGUUAUUCUGCUGAUGUCCUGACGCUGCUCUGCGAGGGAGUCUUUGGCUGCUCUUUCUGCUGACAGAAUUAAGCUUCCGCUCGUCAUCUCUGCCUGGUCCCAUGCACCUUUCCUAGCGCAUUCCUGGUGUGGCCUCUGCCGUAACUCAGGGCUUAUCAAAGCUUAACGUGUGUCUGUGGUGUAUUAUCUACUGCUGUGUAAAAAACUUCCUCCAGAACUUAGCAACCUCCAGAAAAAACGUUUAUCAUCCCAGUUUCUGAGAGUCAGGGAUUUGGGAGUGACUUAGCUGAGUAGUUCUGACUCAGGCUCUCUCCAGAGGUGGUUGCCGGAUGUCAGCCACGGCCACAGCCAUCUGAAGACUCGACUGGGGCAGGCAGGGCCGCUGUCCAGGGGGCACAGUCCCGUAGCUGUCGCUGAGACCGUGGUUCCUCACCAGCCGUGGGCACGCAGCCUCACGACUCUGUCAGAUGGUCCUGUCCACGGAGGUACUUGACUGUCCUUAUGCUACUCCAGCAAGUGACCCGUCAGAACACGGAGGGAGCCGCAGUGCCUCCUCGAACCUGGGCAGUCUCUGAAGUCCCCACCGUCGCUUCUGUCGGAUUCUGUUGAUUGGAGCAGGCCACUAAGUCCGCCCACACCCACAGGAAGGGAUGCUAAGUCCUGCCUUUUGAGGGGAGGAGUUUACAGACUUACUUUAAAGCCACCACACCUGAGGCGCUUGUCGAGUAAUGAACUCUACGUCUUCGUUUCAGAUCUGGUGCUGGGUAGGACCUAGGAACCUGCAGUUUGUUUGCACAGGCCCCCUGGCGAUUCUGAUGCAGGUGGCCUGAAGUCCACACUUGGAGACACACUGCUCUGGCCAGAAUGGGUCACUUGGUCUUCAGUGCCUUCAUGGGUUGCAUGUGCCCAUCUUUGUUUGCACACAUACACAGAGCACUGGCGCCCCAUUUUCAACUGCGGACGUCCUUUUUUAAGUCCUCAGAAGUCUAGUACCUCCCUGGUGCCUGGUGUCUUGGACAGAAGUCAGCCCUCCCUCCCUCACAUUCCUCUCUUCAGAGAAGUAAGAAUAAUGAAGAUUUUAAAUCAUCCAAACAUAGUGAAGUUAUUCGAAGUCAUUGAAACUGAAAAAACACUCUACCUAAUCAUGGAAUAUGCAAGUGGAGGUGAAGUAUUUGACUAUUUGGUUGCACAUGGAAGAAUGAAGGAAAAAGAAGCAAGAGCUAAAUUUAGACAGAUCGUGUCUGCAGUCCAAUACUGUCAUCAGAAACGGAUCGUUCACAGAGACCUGAAGGCUGAAAAUCUAUUGUUAGAUGCCGAUAUGAACAUUAAAAUAGCAGAUUUUGGGUUUAGCAAUGAAUUUACUGUUGGUAGUAAACUCGACACGUUUUGUGGCAGUCCUCCAUAUGCAGCCCCCGAGCUCUUCCAGGGCAAGAAAUACGACGGGCCAGAGGUGGAUGUGUGGAGUCUUGGGGUGAUCCUGUACACACUCGUCAGUGGCUCCCUUCCCUUUGAUGGGCAAAACCUGAAGGAACUGAGAGAGAGAGUAUUAAGAGGGAAAUACAGAAUCCCUUUCUACAUGUCUACAGACUGUGAAAACCUUCUCAAACGUUUUCUGGUGCUAAAUCCAAUUAAAAGAGGCACUCUAGAGCAAAUCAUGAAGGACAGGUGGAUCAAUGCAGGGCACGAGGAAGAUGAACUUAAACCAUUUGUUGAGCCAGAACUAGACAUCUCAGACCAGAAAAGAAUAGGUAUUUUGGUGGGAAUGGGAUAUUCACAAGAAGAAAUUCAAGAAUCUCUUAGUAAAAUGAAAUAUGAUGAAAUCACAGCCACAUAUUUGUUGUUGGGGAGAAAAUCUUCAGAGCUGGAUGCUAGCGAUUCCAGUUCCAGCAGCAAUCUUUCACUCGCUAAGGUUCGGCCAAGCAGUGAUCUCAACAACAGCACCGGCCAGUCUCCUCAUCACAAAGUGCAGAGAAGUGUGUCGUCGAGCCAGAAGCAGAGACGUUACAGUGACCAUGCUGGACCAGCUGUUCCUGCAGUUGUGGCAUAUCCAAAAAGAAGUCAAACCAGCACUACAGAUAGUGACCUCAAAGAAGAUGGAAUGCCCUCCCGGAAAUCAAGUGGCAUUGCUGUUGGAGGAAAGGGAAUUGCUCCAGCCAGUCCCAUGCUUGGGAAUGCAAAUAAUCCCAAUAAGGCAGAUAUUCCUGAACGCAAGAAAAGCUCCACUGUGCCUAGUAGUAACACAGCAUCUGGUGGAAUGACACGGCGAAAUACAUAUGUUUGCAGUGAGAGAUCUACAGCUGAUAGACACUCAGUGAUUCAGAAUGGCAAAGAAAACAGCCUGACAGAAAUGUUCGCUUAUGCAGCUAGCCCUGCCUCAGUUUGUACCACAUCUUCUACCUGUCGGCUGAGACAUCAGAAGUCGAUGUCCAUGUCAGCCUCGGGGCACCCCAAGAUGAUGUUACCUCCAAUAGACAGUGAAGGAGAUAACUUCAAGGCUAUCACUAUUCCUGAUCAGAGAACUCCAGUUGCUUCAACACACAGUAUUAGCAGUGCAACCACCCCGGAUCGAAUCCGCUUCCCCAGAGGCACUGCCAGUCGUAGCACUUUCCAUGGCCAGCCACGGGAGAGGCGAACUGCAACAUAUAACGGCCCCCCUGCCUCUCCCAGCCUGUCCCAUGAAGCCACACCGUUGUCCCAGACUCGAAGCCGAGGCUCCACUAAUCUUUUUAGUAAAUUAACUUCAAAACUCACAAGGAGAAACAUGUCAUUCAGGUUUAUCAAAAGGCUUCCAACUGAAUAUGAGAGGAACGGGAGAUAUGAGGGCUCAAGUCGCAACGUAUCUGCUGAACAAAAGGAUGAGAACAAAGAAGCAAAACCUCGCUCCCUGCGCUUCACCUGGAGCAUGAAAACCACUAGUUCCAUGGAUCCUGGCGACAUGAUGCGGGAAAUCCGCAAAGUGCUGGACGCCAAUAACUGUGACUAUGAGCAGCGAGAGCGCUUCUUGCUCUUCUGCGUCCAUGGCGAUGGGCACGCAGAGAGCCUCGUGCAGUGGGAGAUGGAGGUCUGCAAGCUGCCAAGACUGUCUCUGAACGGGGUCCGGUUUAAGCGGAUAUCAGGGACAUCCAUAGCCUUCAAAAAUAUUGCAUCCAAAAUUGCCAAUGAGCUAAAGCUGUAACCCAGUAAUUAUGGUGUAAAUUGAGUAGCAAUUAAAGUUUUUUCCUGAACACUGAUGGAAAUGUAUAGAAUAAUAUUUAGGCAAUAACGUCUGCAUCUUCUAAAUCAUGGUAUUAAAGUCUGGGGGCGAGAGCACGCCUGGGAGCGAGAGCUGGCCUUUUUUCUAUGAGUGCACUACAUGAGAGGUGCGGCCCGUCCUGUUUCCGUUGCCCUGAAAGUCAGCCUGUGGCCCCAUCUCUAGGUGCCUCCUACCUGGGGGCUGUGAGGGGGCUGCGUGUGUGAAGUGGUGUGUGUGUAGCAUCUCCCUACACUGGCAGCCAGAGCUGUUACUAGUACCUCUGGGAGAUCAUCUGGUGCUAAAACAUUAUAAUUGCCAAUGAGGAAAAUACUGAAUUACUGCUAAGAAUUAACCUUAAGACUAGUUGAUAAUUAAUACAGGUUUACAGUUCAUGCCUGUGGUUUUGUGUUUGUUGUUUUGUGUUUUUUUAGUGCAAAAGGUUUAAAUUUAUAGUUGUGAACAUUGCUUGUGUGUGUUUUUCUAAGUAGAUUCACAAGAUAAUUAAAAAUUCACUUUUUCUCAGUAAA